AUGGCUGGCAUUUGUUUUCCUGUGGAAAGCAAGUACCACACAGCUGUCCUCGCCGUGUCCAGAGCGCAGAGCAUUUGUUUCCUCAGUGCAGAGAAGGAAAGAAAAAUGAACGCACUUCAGGAAAAUGAUUCUGUUAAUGCUACAACCGAUAACUACACAACGGCUGAUCACGAUAAUUCUUCUGUUCUUCUGUUUAUGAAAGAAGAUUUUGAAAUAGCAAUUGCAGUACCUGUCUCAUUUCUGGGUAUCGUGUGUAACCUGGUGUCACUGACUGUGUGGAACACCCACACCAAGUACAGCGCCUCCAUCUUCCUGUUCAAGUACCUCGCCGUGUGGGACACCACCUUCCUCGUCUCCUACAUUUGUAAGACAUUACUGAAUUCAUUCAACUUCUACUAUGAACUGACAGUCGUUUUAGAAUUCUUUAUCGGUAUUUCCAAACUAUUGUCCGUGCACACGACACUACAGAUAGCAGUGUGUCGCUGGUUGGCUGUGUCACGCCCUCUACAGGUUCACAACGGAAGUCUUCUGGCACGACGACAAAUAAUCUGUGUCUGCGUGGCCGUCUUCAUUUGGUGUUUGUGUAUUGCCAACCUGCACCGGGUGCUAGACUAUUUGUCUCAGUCUGAGUUGCACUUGAUUGUUUAUAAAGUCAUCAUCAUCGCUAUAGUUGGUUUUAUUGUUCCCAUUCUUCUGCUGGUCGUCUUCAACGUCCUCCUUCUGAGAAAGACACGCUCACCAUCAAAACUGACGGCAUCAUCAGCACAGCAACGACGACUGCAGGGAAGUAACCCACGGGUGACGCUGGUUGUGGUGUUGAUGUCGUUGUUCUCUGUACUGUCUCAGUCCCUGACAACUCACACCAUGAAGCUGUACAGAGAGAUUGAGAUGACACAUCAACACAGUCACGGUGAUGACGAGGUCACAGUCUAUGGAGAUGACACGCGAGAUGACGAGGUCACAGUCUACUCUGACACACGAGAUGACGAGGUCACAGUCUACUCUGACACGCGAGAUGACGAGGUCACAGUCUACUCUGACACACGAGAUGACGAGGUCACAGUCUACUCUGACACACGAGAUGACGAGGUCACAGUCUACUCUGACACGCGAGAUGACGAGGUCACAGUCUACUCUGACACACGAGAUGACGAGGUCACAGUCUAUGGAGAUGACACACGAGAUGACGAGGUCACAAGUUAA